AACGUGUUGAGCAUUUGACUUUGAAUACUAGUUUAAGCUCAACACUUUAACUAAGGAAGAUGUCUAAGAAGAAUCCACAGUGCUCUGCACUUGAUCAGUCGGAGAAUGAUCAGCCUCCCAGCCAUUGUCAGGUGGACCGGUCCGCAUCUGCAGCCCUGGGUUGUAGGAAGAAGGCUGAAUCAGGUCAAAGAAACGGAGAGACGGCGUCUUCAUCCCCAGAAAGCAGCAGCCUGAACGGAGAAGUAAAGCGCAGCGGAAAAAGCCGCCGCCGCAAGAAGCGUUCAUCCAACCCCGAGAGUCGGCUUGAGGGGACGGUUGACAGUAAGACUAGGAAUGAAGAGAAGCCAGACAAAAGGACCAGCCAGCCACCAUCUGACCCACGUGCCGGGCUGAUCGGCCUGCAGUCUGAGUGUGCUAAUGUGUGGUUUGAGCGCAGCAUGUACGAGCGAGCCGAAAGCCUUUACCAGUGCUGGUUGGCGAGCUCCUCCAAUAGGACCACCAAGUCAAACCGGUCUCUUCCAGCCCCAGGGAAACACUCAAACUCUCCGUCCACUGUGGCUCCAUCUUCCUCAGGAUCGGUGUGCCACCAUGGCGAUCAGGUGGCCUGCCAUCAUGUCGUUCAGGCCGUGUGGGUGAACAAGACGACCUUUGACCAAGCAGAAAGCCACUAUGUUGAAGAAUCCGUGCAGCGGCCCAUUCCAAACUCUCUGGACCUCCCAUCCCCAUCUAACCGCUCCAUCGCUUCCAGAACACCUGAUGAAGGUUAUCAGUCUCUUGCCCCGACACCCGCAACGCCCGUCAUCCAACAAGCAGCUGUCACGCCAACCAAUCGACAGUCGAUUAACGGACUGCCCCGCAUCCCUGUGGAGCUGCUUAGAGACGUGUGGCUGGAGAAACCGCUGUACGACCGCGCCGAAGCAGCCUUCUACCAGAAACUGUACGGCAACAAUUCCUCCAAGAGGUCCAGCUGCGCCUCCACUUCCAGAAGUAGCGACCACCCUCAAAGCCUUGUAGAAGAGGAGGAAGAGGAAGAAGAAGAUGAGGAAGUGGCGUUGGAUGAAAAACGGGUGGUCCCGCAGGGUAAAGCAGAAGUGUUCCACGCUCUGCUCCCUAUUCAGGAGGAAGACGAGCCGGCCGAGGUCCCAGAGAAGGAAGAAGUGUCGGGGGCCGGAGUCUGCUACUUCACUCACCCAGACAGCGAGCGUGUGUGGCUGGACAAGUGGCGGUAUGAUGCUGCAGAGAGCCGUUUCCAUGGUUACAAUGGGAGCAAAGCUGUGACGGUGAAGCGGGGUCGCAGGCCAGACGCAGCAUCAGUUGCCUCCACCGCCCCACUGAGGGACAACACCAUGAGUUCAGUGGACUUUCUUGCCCAGGAGAAGAUCUGGUUUGACAAACCUCGCUAUGACGAAGCAGAGAGACGCUUCUACGAGCGCACGGACGGCCCCUCACAACCAACAGAGGAUGUCGGAGCUAACACCAUUCUGCAAGACAUCGCACGGGCCCGGGAGAACAUCCAGAAAUCUCUAGCAGGACUGAAGACUACAAUGUGUAACAGAGAGUCUGGUCAACCUUCCCUGAGCCAACAGUCCCUGCUUAGCGGCAGCAGUGCAGCUGAUCAGGGAGAAAUCACCUGUCGUAUCAAGAGCCUCGAGCUGGAGAACCACAGCUUACACCAAGUGGUGGAUGACUUGAGGGCUGCACUUUCCAAACUGGAAUGUCGGGUAUCAGUUCUGGAGAAAUCUCCUGCAGUCGUGACCCCUGCUGGUCCUUCAGUUCCCUACACAAAUGGCACUACCGUCCAGCAGAAAACCAGCGUCCCGGUUAAAGACGAUGAGGAAGAGGAUGAUGAUGACAUUGACCUGUUUGGUAGUGAUGACGACGAAGAGGCAGAAACACUCAAAGAGCAGAGGUUGAAAGAGUACGCAUUGAAGAAGGCCAAGAAGCCCGGCCUCAUCGCCAAGUCUUCUAUUUUAUUGGAUGUUAAACCCUGGGACGAUGAAACUGACAUGGUGAAGCUGGAGGAGUGUGUGCGCUCGGUGCAGGCUGACGGCCUGUUAUGGGGCACGUCCAAACUGGUUCCUGUGGGUUACGGCAUCAAGAAGCUCCAGAUCGCAUGUGUGGUGGAGGACGACAAGGUGGGAACAGACCUGUUGGAGGAAGAAAUCACCAAGUUUGAAGACUAUAUCCAGAGUGUCGACAUAGCAGCUUUCAACAAGAUCUGAUUCCAGUGUCUCUUUGUUUUGUCUUGUUUCUCUGAUUGUGUCAACGGUUAAUAAUAAAAACAAACGCUUGCACUUCA